AUGUUGAGAGGAGCUCCUCCUGCACAGCGGUGCCUCUCGGAUCCAGGCGGGGACAGCAAGGGCUACAAAGAGCCUUUCCUUGGUGAGGCAGAGUUCAAUCAGCGGAUGGAGCGAUUCAAAAUGGCCUCUUUCCAGAGUAGCCCCACCAACACCCCAAGCACCUCCAACCAGUGCCCCCGGACACGCUCCAGCUUUGUAUCAGUCAUCCAACAAAAACUCCAGGGCUCAACUACACCCAGCUCAAAGGAGGUUUCUCGCAUCCGCCAGGAGCGGGAGCAUGAACUGAGUCAGGUGCCGUUUCAGCCCAUCGCUGAGAACGCCUGGCUGAAACGGAGCAGCUCAGAUUCCGCUUUAGCAGAGGAUCAAGGUGUCGCUGAUGUGAAAGACGGUAGUUUCACUGAACCUCCGACGACAAAUGCAGAGAGCGCAUCUCUUAAUAUGACAGGUGAGAUGACAUCCGGUCACUCUGAAGCUCCUGCAGCUUAUUCAGAGACUGGAAUGCAGAAACAGUGCGUUCUCAGUGAAGAACCCAGACAGACGCAAGAGGCUCUGUCUGCUAAUGAAGAAGAGCAGCCAGGUCCCCAACAACCAGAGGGCCGAACUGUGUUAAAGCUUUCUUUUAGCGAGGAUCACAGUUUCUGCAAAGCCCCCUCUGAUACUGAAGUGAGCUUUCGCGACGAGACCAACACUGGUGAAAUGAUCGAUCAGAUGUUCGAGGAGGUGCUCGAAUAUGCUGAAAGGAUGGAAGGCCCUGAGGAUCACGACAGUGGUAUUGGGGCUUGCUCCGUCGAAAUCGAUAAGAUGGAGACGGAGAAGGAAAAAAGUGAAGAAGAGGGAGAGGCCAAAGAGGAGAAGAGUGAUGAGAGUGAUAAGGUUGAUGGCAUCAGGGAUGAGCUGCUCAACUUUCCUCCCACUGGCAUCCUCUCUCCUCUCAGCAAGUCUGUAGAGGCUGUGGUCACCCCACUGGUAAGCAUCGAUGCCUAUCGCACACAAAGGCAGAGUAAGCUUCCCAUCGUCCAGAGCGUCACUCCGGGGGUUCAGAGACGGGCUGAAGAGACGCCCAAGCCUCAACCGCCUGUCAACAUCAAGGAGAAAAUAACGGCUCUUAAUGAAGAAGCUGGGAAACUGCAGACUGUGAUUAACCAGACGCUGCAGGCCCUGAACUGCUGUACGGAUGAGGAGCACGGGCGAGGCUCACUGGAGGAGGCCGAAGCCGAGAAACUGCUGCUGGUCUCGUGUAUGUAGACUGCAAGAUUUUUAACCACCGCAUCUUUACUGAAGGAGGAGAGGAGCUCAGAGUCUGGAGAGGCAGCAGUGGAGGACAGUGAAUCCAUUUCCCAGCAGCCCUGCAGAGGCACUGUCAGCAUCACAAACAUCCAGCUGCCGCUCAAGGUGGAAUAUGUCUGCUCCUCACACAGCCGUGCAGGUCGACCAAGUCACUACUUUUUUGUUCUUAUCCGCUACGGACCCUGCAACAUCGUCGCCACCCCUCUGGCCACAGCUGCAGAUGCUCAGAAUGGAGACACCAUCUCCUUCCCCACAUCUGUCGCUAUGAAGGAUAUUCGCUCAUCCUUUGAAAUUGAUGUGGAAGUCUACAGCCUGCCAGAUGUGCUAAUUCAUGUUUUUGUUUUUGCUGCUUCAGCUGCUGCUCCUCCUCUCAUCACCCGUCGCUCCAGUAACUUUUGUCUGGUCGGCUCUCAUAAGAUCGCGUUGGCCUCACUGGGACACAGCAAAUUCCCCCUGGAUAAGAUGAAACUGGAUGGCAAAGUCAGGAGGCUGCUGGGAGAUGAAUUUCAGGAAAAGGUGCCCUUUCUUUCCCCUCUAGAGGGCAACAUCUACCUGCAGCUGGAGAGCAAGAGCCACUCUGACAUCCAGCACCAAGGCUUCCUGGUCAGGAAUUUUAUAUAUUUGAUUAUAUAUAUUUUUAUAUUAAAGAAAAACCUGAGUAUGUCACAGAGAGAUUUGUCUUAUGAUGUCACAGUGGGUGUUGUGUUUUUGACAGCUGAUGGGAAACACCUUUCGGUGACACCACUCACUGGGUGGAGGCUGGACACUAAUAGCUGCACACAAACUGACGAAGGCCGUUCCUGUUUCAGGUGUUGGUUUUCGGCAGACACCAAGCAGGAGAGGUUGGACUGGAUGGAGAAGCUCAACCAGGCUCUUUUGGACUUUCAGACGUGGAAUCGAACCCAAACAGAGAGUCCGCAGGCAAACACGUCCAGCAGUGGGAACCUGAGGGAGAGUAUACUGUAACACAUCACUAAGACACCUGCUGGGAUGUGCUUCAGGGUUUACUCUUCAUCUCAGAGUGUUUGCCUCUCUGAUUUAUCUUUGGGAGAUUUUUUUUUUCCUUGUGUUUCUUUUUAACCUGAAUCCAAACACUUUUGUUUGGUUCCCCUUUUGGUUCCCAAGUCACAGCUGUCUGAGUAUUUACGUUUUAUAUAUAUAUAUAUCUAUGUUUUUGUGGCAAUCAGCUGCUUCAGCCUCUGCUGGCAAUAAUAUAGGGCACUUUCAGUAUCUGAGAUGACUCUUGCCUUAUACCCUCAUAUAUGUUUCUGCUAUAAUUUGCAUUUAUUUGGAUUCAGAUUGUAUUUUUUUGUAUCAUUUAAAUGGGAAGGCUAAAAUUUAUAUAGAGACACUAAUAAAUAUAUACAGGUAUAAAUCUUUAACUGUAGUAAUCUGGGAUUUCGUGUUUGAAAUGGACAGAAACACUAAUAAUUAAAACUGUAGGAUUAAUUUUGGCUGGUGUUGAAUGGGAGUAAGUAAUGUAAAAUCUAUUCUCGGCAGGCGUUCAGACCUCUCUACUGACAGAUAAUCAUCUUGGGAUUUUUCCAAAGAAUUUGUGGAAUUCUAUGGAAAAUCUACAGGAGGUGAAGUCUGUAUAUAAUUAGUUUUAAUAUGAUGUCAUGCUGAAAACCAGGGAUGCACCAAUAUAUAUCAUAAUCAAUCAAAUCUGUAUUGGUCUUGUUCAAAUAUAUCAGCCAAUCUGCCUUUUUGUAAUAGCAGUAGCUGUUGUUUACCCUCCAUAUAUCCAUAUGUGUGGAUACAGCAUGCAUGCAUUUAUCCUCCUGACACACAAGAGGGAAUAAAUUAAAUGAAUCUAAAUGAUAAAAUGUGUAUAAAUACCCUGAAUGUCAUCAGUUAUCAGCCAUGAAACUGCUAGUCAGUGCAUCUCUGACACUUUUAGAAAUAAAACAAUCUUCUGCAUUACAAGUGGAGAUAAAUAAAAUCAUAUUUUACGUGUAUUUCAGCUGGGGAGGCCUCUGACACGCUGCUGCAAUGAAUGCUGUCUGCCUGAUGUUCUGCUAUUGUCCAUCUCUGUCACUUUAUUCUAAAUGUUGAUGAUGUGAACUCUCAUUCUAUGCACUUAAUGGAAGCCAAACGGUAAAAUAAAUGAAGUAUAACUGCUA